AUGGAUCUGGUUCUGACAGGGUGUGGGGGAGGCAUUCUGGCCAGUGAUGCCGAUGACGAUACCACCACUCGAUUCAUAGGCCAUCUCAUAGUAAAAGAUGUCCAAGAAACAAAUCGCUGUUAUGUGAUGAAGGAAGUUCUGAACUUCCAAUUGAGGGAAGUGUUGUUGUCUUAUGAGCAAAAAUAUGAGAAAUACAUGCGAGAUGUGUUGCCCUUCCUGAAUAAUGUGAAAAGCAAGCUAAGUAGCUGUACUAUGAAUGGUGAUACCAGCAAAGUCCACAGAAGAAUUGAUGAUAUGAGAAGCAAAGUGAAAAAGUUGGGAAAGCAUGCAGUGAUAAAAGCAAUGAGUGAGAUGGAUCUGAUGUUCCUGUACCUACGAAACUAUUGCAGUUAA